AUGCGCGCAUACUUCAUGGACGAGCUCCCGGGCGACCAGCGUCUGCUCCACGACUCUGGACGCCCUGCGACUGACGAGAUCCUGAGUAACAUCGGCGUUCUUCACUGGCACGUUCCCCUUGAUGCUGCUGGCGAGUGGGAGAACGAGAUCAACGCCAUCGCUGCUGAGCGUGAUUACAAGAACCGCGACAUCGUCGUCGUCAACAAAGAGGCGAUGGGCGCUGAGUUCGAGACUAAGACGAAGGCCUUCUACCAUGAGCACAUGCACGAGGAUGAGGAGAUCCGGUACAUUCUCGAGGGUGGUGGCUAUUUCGACGUCCGCGAGCACUCCAGCGAUUCCUGGAUUCGCUGCCACCUCGGUCCCGGCGACCUCCUCGUUCUUCCCGCCGGUAUCUACCAUCGCUUUUCGCUUGACAUGGGCAACAAGUCGCGUACCAUGCGUCUCUUCAAGGACGAGCCUAAGUGGCUGGCAUAUAACCGUGGCGCCACUACAGAUGCGAGUCCCUAUAGGCUUGAUUACCUCAAGACCCUUGACAGCGUUGCUACUGCUGCCUGA